AAAGUUAGGUGAGCCGGCAACUGAGCUAGAAGCAUUCUAAUUUAGCUAGCUAACACUACUUGAAAGCAUUGGGCUAUAACGCAUAUCGACUCCAGAAAACGAAACUUCACGUUUGUACAUUUUUAAUACAGUUAGUAUGUAUUUAAGAUUAUUUGGUUCAAUAUUUGACUUGGUAGUUACUAAAGUUAGAACAGUUGUAUAGAGUUUGUUAGCUAGCUAGUUAGCAAUGUUAUUAGCUUUAAGGUAUUGAUGGUGUGUAGCUAGCUAACUAGUCGCUUGCUUGCUAGGCUAACUAUAGGGUUGCAUUUGUAUUACAGGACAUCAAGGGCUCAUGUCGGCUGUGUCAGUAAUGAUACUGAAGCGCAAAGCAUGGAGAGGAAUAUGGGAGACCAGCUUCAUAAAGCCUACGAAGCCUAUCGACAAGCCUCUAUUGAAAAAUAUAGUGCUGAAAAGGAACUCAAGCAAAAGAAAGAAUAUUAUGAAAAGUACACCAAACAACUUGAACAAAAGAUAGAGGACCAAAAUCUGUUAAUUGUUCAACUUAAAACUCAGUUGAGUUUGGCAACAAAGCAUACUUCAGAAGAGGGGGAAAGUUGUGAACCAGGUCUCAGGAAACAGGAAGUAGAACCUUUAUCAGCCUCUGAUCAGCACCUUGACAAGAUGCCAUGCAUCUCCCAGGGAAGAAAACAGGGGAACGACUGCUUGGAAGCUGCAGCAGUGUCACCACACACGCUACCCAGGUCCAGUCGCACAGAGAAUAAAGAUGUUCUCGAUGCGUUUCUGGAACUUCAGGGGAAAUUCGCCCUGAUCCGGACAUUAGCUAAAAAACAGAAGGAUCAUCUGAGAAAAAUAUGUUCAGGAAACAAUCCAGCGAAUGAUCAGCAGUUCUCCAUGCCCAUCCAGUGCACGGACGUGACGGCGGAGCGGGCCGAGGGGCCCUUCUCGUCCUCCAUCCGGGCCGAGACGGCCGACGAUCCCGCCGGCGCCUCCCUGGCCUCCCGGGGAGCCAGCCCUGAGGACAGGGAGUUUGACUCCCUUGCCAAGCUGUGCGUCAAGUUCCCGCCAGCCGCGGACAGCGAGUACGAGUUCCUCAACAGCGCCCCAGAGAAGCACCUGAAGGCGGUCAUGGGGAGGGAAGGGAAGGCCGCGGUGGCCGAUGAUCCGGACGACAGGUUUCCGUACCCUCUCCUCGUGCCCGGGUCCCCCUCCGGUCCGCUCAACCCGGACAGUAUUCGAGGUCCCCAGAAGCCUGUCUGGAGUCCAGAGCUGUGUGAGGCCACAGGAUUGGAGACACUGACCCCCAGCAACACUGACCCCCACCAGAAAAUGAGCCCCGGUAACUGUGCUUUCUGCGAUGCCCUUGUUCCCUCUGCCAACUUGUACAGCCACCUUAAUUCACACUUCUCCAGCGAAACCAACGGACACUAGCAGACACAAGGUCUUCCAUGGAUUUACUUAGGGUACGCACUGCACGUCUCUUCGUAACGGCCUGCGAACGUUUGUAGUGCGUCUUUUUACAUUUACCAACACAUUAUGCCUUGAAACAAGAAUCAGUAGUUUCUUCCUGUAUACAUAUUUAAUUUGUCUCUUUGUAAGAGUAGAAUGACUUUAGUGUUUGUCUUUAAAAAAAAAAAAUUGUAAAGUCGCCUCGGUGUGGAGAAAAUCCUGAGUGGUUGUGUGUAAUAAAGUCAUGCUUUUAUUAAUUUUA